GACAGAUACCUGGCCCCAAGUUUCCGGAAAUACGUUUUUUUUCCUGCUCUUUCGUUUCCCUCUCUUGUAGGUAGUCGACACGCACCGUGGGACACUUCCACCUGUCCGGGGAGGAAACAAAAACGACUUUUAAGAAGGUUUUGUGAAGAUUUCUGUGCUUUUUGCCCCUCGUUGGUGGACACUUCAGUACACCUCGGAGAUUGGAAGACUGUUGGAGGUUACAGAAAGGAAAGGUGACGUUCAGGUGUUUUUAUUUCCUCACUCGGAACCCUCCUGGAUGGACUUCAUGGACAGCGGCUUGAAGUACACCCCCACUCAGGACAAAGAAUGGGACACUACGGUUCAGUUUCUGCCGGCGCCCGACAACAAGAAGCUGGAGAAGAAGAAGGGUCCCAACAAGGUCGGCGCUGUGAUUGGAGUGUUGGUUUUUGCCGCCGUGGUGGCGCUGAUGGCCGGCCUGCUGGUCUGGCAUUUCCACUUCCGUAAAGAUGUGCGCGUCAAGAAGAUGUACAGCGGCUCCAUGCGCAUCACCAACCAGGUCUUUGAGGUCGCCUACGAGAACUCCAACAGUUCCGAGUUCAAGGCCUUGGCCAAGCAGGUCAAGUCGCAGCUGACAACUCUCUACAGCAAAAGUCCGCAGCUGUCCAAAUACUACGUGGGCUCCUCAGUGCAGGCCUUCAGCGAGGGCAGCGUCAUCGCCUACUACUUGUCGGAGUUCAACGUUCCCACUGGCCAGGAGGCGGCGGUGGACAGCGCCAUGUCCUCCAUCGACAAAUUGGUGGACAAGGAGCAGCGCAGUGUCUACAGACCCGGGAACUCCCUGCUCCUGGAAGACGUGGUGUCCUCAGAAGUUGAUUCCAGACUGACAUCCACACAAUUCAGUCGGUUCUUCAGGUUCUCCGAGCACACCAGGAGCAACCACAUCGGCGAGAUCAAGUCCCCCGGCUUUCCCGACAGCUCCUACCCGCCCAACACCUUCAUCCAGUGGCAGCUGCGGGCGGACCCCAACUACGUCAUCAAGCUGGACUUUGACACUCUCAACUUGGAGGAAAACUGCAACAACGACUUUGUGAAGAUCUACAACUCCCUGGUGGCCAUCGAGGCCAGCGUCCUGCAAGAGAUGUGCGGCUACUACUCGCCCAGCGAGCCCCUCACCUUUAUGUCCUCCGGCAACGUCAUGCUGGUCACCAUGGCUACCAACGACGAGAAUAACUACCCGGGCUUCAGGGCGCAGGUCUCGCAGGUGCGGCAAGGCAGAGCAGAAACUACGUGUGGCGGCCAGCUUACAGGGGACAAAGGCAGGUUCAUGUCCCCCAACUUCCCCAACUACUACCCGCCUCGGACCUCCUGUCACUGGUCCAUAAAGGUCCGUGACGGGAAGUCUGUCAAAGUCACCUUCCGUAAGUUCCUCCUGUCAGAACCGGGCCAAGGCGGCAACAAGCCGUGCCGCAAAGACUACGUGGAGAUCGACGGGAAGAAGUUUUGUGGUGAGCAGCCGGACAACGCGGUCACCGAGACCAGCAGCAGCAACAAGAUGAAUGUCAUGUUUUUCUCCGACGGUUCUAACGUAGACCGAGGGUUCGACGCCGUGUUCGAGGCCGUGGACGUCGCCGACCCUUGUCCCAAGCAGUUCCAGUGCAAGAACCAGCGCUGCCUCAAUUCCACGCUCAAGUGCGACGGCUGGAACGACUGCGGCGACAUGAGCGACGAACUCAACUGCAAGUGCAGCUCGAAAAGCAUCAGCUGCAAGAACGGGCUGUGCAAGCCCAUGUUUUGGAAGUGUGACGGUGUGGACGACUGCGGCGACGGCACGGACGAGCAGAACUGUGGCGGCUGUCGUCCCGACCAGCUCUCCUGUAAGAACGGCAAGUGCCUCUCAGAGAAGAGUCGCUGUGACGGGCGGGACGACUGCGGCGACGGGUCUGACGAGCUGGACUGUGCCCGAGGGUCUUUGCCCGUGAGCUGCACCGAGCUGACGUACAAGUGCGAGGACAACAGGUGCGUCAACAAGGUCAACCCGGAAUGUGACGGCACCGCCGACUGCGAGGACGGCUCCGACGAGAAGAACUGCGACUGCGGCAGGAGCAUGUUCAAGACCUCGCGCAUCGUCGGUGGUCAGGAGGCGGAGGCCGGCGAGUUCCCGUGGCAGGUCAGCCUCCACGUCAAGGGCUACGGUCACGUGUGCGGCGCAUCCCUCAUCAGUCCUCAAUGGCUGGUCACCGCCGCCCACUGUGUGCAAGAUGACGCCAAGACUAGGUACUCCCAGCCCUCCACCUGGGAGGCGUACAUGGGCCUCCACACCCAGGGCAAAAUCCCCAGCACGGUGGUGAAGAGGAACCUGAAGAGGAUCAUCGCCCACCCAAACUACAACGACUUCACCUUCGACAACGACAUUGCCCUGAUGGAGCUGGACAAACCGGUGGUCUACAACGACUACAUCCGGCCCAUCUGCAUACCGGCCGCGCAGCACGACUUCCCGGUGGGGAGCACGGUGUGGAUCACGGGCUGGGGCGCCACGCGGGAGGGAGGUUUCGCCGCAACGGUGCUGCAGAAGGCGCAGGUCCGCAUCAUCAACCACGGCGUGUGUGACGGUCUGAUGGGGGGGCAGCUGACCACCAGGAUGACGUGUGCCGGCGUGCUGAGCGGAGGAGUCGACGCUUGUCAGGGCGACUCCGGCGGGCCGCUCUCCAUCCCAUCGGGCAACCGCAUGUUCCUGGGCGGAGUGGUCAGCUGGGGGGAUGGCUGCGCGCGCAGGAACAAGCCCGGAAUCUACACCACGGUCACCAGAUUCCGCGGCUGGAUCAAACAGAAAACGGGGGUGUAGAAGAAAGGGCCCCGGGGCCUCGGGACACAAACAUGGACUGAGACACGCACGUCAGUGUGUGCCGCCAAACUUGCCAGCCUCGACGGGUGCGGCGCGAGACUGCCCCCUGCUGGGCUGGCAGCAGCAAUGUUCUGUGUCCACUGUGAUUUGUAAAUAGCUUUUAUUAGCCGUGUUAGCAUUUUGCUUUUUCCUGGUCUUUUCUCCGCCAUACACUAAAGACAAAGCUCAAUCCACCCUACCUCCUCGGACACAGUCCACAUUUAACCUCUUUAGUCAGAGGUCCCCGAACGCAUCUUUCGUUUGAAAUACCUUAGCAGCGAUGUCAUCACCACAGAGAAGGCUUUUCAAAAAUAGAUUUUAUCUCAACAAGUAGGCGGUGCAACAGUCAGUGUGCAUUUUUUAGCAGAUGUUUUAAAUAAAAUAUUUCUAAUAUAA